AUGGCUCGCCAGUGCGUGUUUUCUGCCCUGGCGGCUCUAGCAUUUGUGGCUUCAGCUGGCGCCUUGAGGACUGAGGUGGCGGAUGUGGCAGGGUCAUCAGAUGCGCCGUGGUCAGACGUGGCCCCUGUAUGUGCCAAGAGUAUCCAGGCAGAGCUGGAAGAGCGGCUUGCUCUCCUGGGUUCUGUUCCGGCUCAGCUCGUGAGCGACCCGGAACACGAAGAUGUGCAAUCGAUGGAGUUGCUCCACGAAAUCCGUGUCUCCUGGGCACAGGGCGGAGGCCAGGAAGGUUGCAAGGGGCAAUUAGGUGGCCUGCUGGCAAGUCUUGCAGCCGCCUGUGAGGAAGCCAGCCCAGAGGAGCAUUAUGUUUUCAAGUACUACAAACCCAAGCUGCCGCAGAAGACCUGCGCGGCCAGCUCCGAUGAUCUUUUCAUUUAUGGUCAACGGUUGGUGGAAGCCUUGCAAGUCCCUGAAGAAGAGGUGCUGGAGAAGAAGCUCACACCGGAGGUGGCAAAGCUCGUUCAGAGCCUCUACUUCCUGCGCACUGGCUGGUGCCCUUGGCCACCGCCCACCACGCGUCGUUACUUUGGGCCGGCUUCUGGGCACUUCAUGGACAACAUGUGGUCCUUCUCCAGCAUGGCCUUUGUCAUGAGAAAGAGAGCAAAGACGCAGGGCACAGUCGUGGCUUUGGUCAACAAGGCCAUGGAGGGACCGCGUGCGUUGCAAGACUCCGUGCUCUUUCAGCAUGAGCUGCCGACUCUGGGCGUGGCAGCUGGGGGCCUUGGCUUCUGGGCUCCGCAGGUUUUGCUUCUCGACCUGCAAGGCACCUGCAACCAGACUAGCCCAGCGUUGCGCAAGCAGCUCUUCGCCCGCUUGACUUCUUGGUGGCAGAAGAAGCAGGAGCUGCGUUGGAGUGCAGCAAACUUUGCACGGCGCUCGCGACUCGAGUGGCGGUGUGUGGACUGCCCACCACCCUGCCGCCUCAACUUGAACCUGGAGAAAAAACAAAACGACAAGAUGGUGUCUGAGCUUCUUCGCGUCUCCUCGCCACUGGGCUUGUUAGGUUUUGGGAGUGGCAUGCAGGCAGACGAUGGACAGACGCCUCUCAGCAUGGCGACGAUCUUGGGAACGAAGGAGAUGGUAGAAAUGCUGGUGAGCCACGGCGCAUGGCUGGACUCCCGGAUGAACGACGGGGAGGAGCCCCUUCAUCAUGCAGCGACUGCACAAGACCAGCACAUUGCAUCCCUGCUCUUACAAAACAAGGCGCCCGUGAACUCACAGGAUGCAAUGGGCUGGACGCCCCUUACCAGGGCAGCGAUCGCCGGCCGCGAGGACAUUGUGGAGCAGCUGUUGGAGCACAAAGCCCAUGUCGAUGUCGAAGAUUUGCACGGCCGAACGGCACUUCUCCUUACGGCAGAUGAAGGUCAUACAGAAAUCGCGGCCUUGCUGUUGCAGAGCAGAGCUCGCGUGGAUGCCCGGCUCGAGAACGCAGAGGGCCCAUUGCAUGCCGCUGUGGUUCAACAUGCGGUGCAGGGUGAUGCGAGUCUUGUGGACCUGUUGCUGAAGAGUAGGGCCAAGGUGGAUGCUAGGGAUCCAGAGGGCUAUACAGCAUUAGGUGCGGCUGUUAAUCUGGAAGAUGAAGAUGCCGUGCGCCUGCUGCUGCAGCACAGGGCCCAGGCGGACAAAAUCCAACCAGGCAACAGCACCCCCCUUCAUGUGGCUGCUGCGCAAGGCACCACGAAGUUGGCAGAGAUGUUGCUGGAGAAUAGAGCUGAAGUGGAUUCCAUGGAGGUAGAUGGCGCUACGCCUCUUGAACGGGCUUACGUUUUCGGUAAUGUGGAAGUUGCAGCUGCGCUCCUGGAACACAGGGCAGAUCCAAACUUUCGAAUGCCAGCUUCGGAGCCAUUACUCGUGCGGGCGACGCAUGCGCACGAAGCCAACUUUGUUUCGCUACUUGUGCAACACAAGGCUGAGGUGAACAUCAAGGACCAGGAGGGACAAACACCCGUCGAUUGGGCUAGAAGCAAGGGCUACACAGACCUGGUGGAACUCUUGCUGCAGAGCGCGUCGCAGGCGAACUUCUGA